AUGGUUGAACCUGUGGGCAACCAGUAUGUUAUAGCCAGACCUGUGUACUCAGAGAAUUUGUUCAAUGAAGAGCAUGAGAAAUUGCACAGAUACCAUAAAACCUUUUGGGAUCACCUGAAACUAUAUUUUCGCUGCUCCCCACAAAGGGUCAAAAAAAUUGCCUUGGGUUUGUUUCCCAUCUUCUCGUGGCUGCCAGCAUACCGCUUCAGGGAGUGGAUCCUGAGUGACAUUGUCUCUGGCAUCAACACGGGGCUCGUGGCUGUCCUGCAAGGUCUCGCCUUUGCUUUGCUGGUGAACAUCCCCCCUGGUUAUGGACUCUAUGCAGCAUUUUUCCCUGUUCUGGUCUAUUUUAUCUUUGGCACAUCUAGACAUAUCUCAGUGGGUCCCUUCCCUGUCCUGAGCCUGAUGGUGGGAGGAGUUGUCGUCAGGCUGGUCCCCGACGACAGUGCUGGAAAUGGCACAUCCACGAAUAUCUCAGCAAUAAAUGAAGAGAGGGUGAUGGUAGCUGCGUCUGUAACCUUCCUUUCUGGGGUUUUUCAGUUGCUUCUGGGAAUUCUCCAGUUUGGAUUCAUCGUUAUUUAUCUAUCACAAUCAUUAAUCAGUGGUUUCACAACUGCUGCGGCUAUCCAUGUUGUGGUAUCUCAGCUGAAAUUCAUGUUUCAACUACCUGUCCCUGGCUUUAAUAAACCAUUUGGCAUCAUCUAUACUCUGGAGAGCGUUUUCAGCCAGAUCACAAAAACAAACAUCGCUGACCUUGUCACAUCCAUUCUUGUCUUGCUUAUCGUAUUCGUGGUGAAAGAAAUGAAUGAUCGAUACAAAGCAAAGUUACCAGCUCCCAUCCCGAUCGAACUCCUUGUGACAGUCUUAGCAGCACUGGUUUCCUAUUUCCUUAACUUUGAAGAAAAAUUUAAUGUAGCUGUUGUUGGAAAAUUAGAAGAAGGAUUUCAAGCGCCUGUUGCACCUGAUGUAGGUAUCCUCCAAAAAUGUGUCGGUGACAGCAUUUCCAUCGCAAUCGUUGGGUUUGCAGUAGCCUUCUCUGUGGCUAAAGUGUAUUCCAUCAAGCAUGACUACCCAGUAGACGGCAACCAGGAACUAAUUGCUUUUGGGCUGGGUAAUAUAGUUGGUGGAUCGUUCAAAGGAUUUGCCUCCAGCACUGCUCUGUCAAGAUCAGGUGUGCAGGAGAGCACAGGAGGCAAAACACAGAUUGCUGGCAUUAUCUCAGCUUUCAUCGUCUUGAUUGUGAUCUUGGCCAUUGGGUUUCUCCUGGCACCAUUACAGAAGUCAGUCCUUGCAUCUUUGGCUCUUGGCAACUUGAAAGGAAUGCUCAUGCAGUUCAAGGAAGUAGGCAUCCUAUGGAGAAAGGACAAGUAUGACUGUGUUAUAUGGGUGGUGACUUUCUUAGCUGCCGUUUUUCUUGGCCUGGAUAUUGGGCUAGCAACCGCCGUGGCGUUCCAGCUGCUGACCGUGGUGAUCCGCUCCCAGAUUCCAAGCUGCACUGUUUUGGCUAAUGUUGGGAGAAGUAACAUCUACAGAAACAGGAAGGAUUACAGUGAUAUCUAUGAGCCAGAGGGAGUGAAGAUUUUCAGAUGCUCAUCUCCUAUCUUCUUCGCUAAUAUUGAAUUCUUCAGAGAGAAACUCAUCACUGCCGUCGGCUUCAACCCACUGAGAGUCCUGAGGAAACGCAAUAAAGCUCUAAGGAAGAUGAGAAAGAUGCUGAAGAGAGGAGAGCUGCAAGUGACACCCAAAGGAUUGAUUUGCAUGGUUAACCAUACACACGAGUCAGAUGAAGAAUUAGACAACAACAGGAUAGAGGAGCUGGACCAGCCCACCAACAUGACAGACUUGCCCAUUCAGAUCAACUGGGGUGCUGACCUCCCCCCUGGCAUCACUGUGCCCCGGGUCAACAUCCAUAGCAUCAUUCUGGAUUUCUCAGCAGUGUCCUUCCUUGAUUUUUCUGCCAUGAGAAUCCUCCAAAAGACUUUGAAAGAAUUUGUCCGGAUCGACAUCGACAUUUACAUUGCAGGGGCACAUGAGGGUUUCCUGGACAAACUGGAGAGAAGUGCAUUUUUUGACGAGGAGAUCAAGCCAUCCAUGUUUUUCCUCACCAUUCAUGAUGCUGUUUUACACAUUUUGCUGAAGAAGGACAUAGCCAGCUCCCCCAAAUUAAAGCUCGCUGAGGAGAAGGGUAGCAGCAACAACUAUAUCAUCAUCCCCAGCAACGGACUGCGCAGCCGCGAGUGCACGAUUCCAACAGAAACAAAAUUUUAGAUUUGAUUUUCUAAACAUCAUAUCCUCCAGCAACACAACAUCACUUACAGAAGAUGAAUGCAGAUGCAGUGAUGAGCAUGAAGACGGAAGGAUACUUUUAUAUACCU